AUGAUGAUGCGUCCCAGCUCUGAUGAUAUCUAUCACAUAAUGGACGAAAGGUCGGCCAGUUUUCUUCCGGAACGAAGGAGGAUGUCUCGUGGGCUGCCUCAAACGGAACGUAGUAUUAAAGCCAAACUGCUACAAGACAACGGGAAUCAGGUGUCGUUUUAUGGCGACAUUCUCGUAUUUAUGCCAGGCCAAGAAGAUAUUGAAGUCACAUGUGAAUUAAUUGCUGAGCGACUCAGUAAUCUAGACGAGGCCCCCGCCUUGUCUGUGCUGCCUAUCUACUCUCAACUACCUAGCGACCUUCAGGCAAAAAUCUUUCAGAAAUCUGAAAAUGGUAUUCGCAAGUGCGUUGUCGCUACCAAUAUUGCAGAAACAUCAUUGACUGGUGAGAAUACUAGCUUUUUAUUCGUAGACUUAAGCCGGAUAGAUUGGUGA